UCCUGUUUCACCUAAAGAGAGACAGCUUCACUCCUGGGUAAUCAUGCCUGGUUCCCUGGAGCUGCCCGGUGAUGAACUGGUCCUGCUGGACUACCUGGCCUAUGGCAUGAUAGCCGUGUCCAUCCCUACCUGCUUCCUCCUCACCUUUGUCACCACGGCGCUGUACGGUCGCAACUCGACACAGUUCAUCGUGCCAGGCUUCCUGCCCGCGCGUGUGGCGUGGGUGAUACAGGAGCUGCCUGCGUUUGUGGUGCCGUGUCUCCUCCUCCUGACCACACAGGCAGACAGGAUCGGUUAUCUUCCCAACAGACUACUGCUGGCCCUGUACAUGGUCCACUACUUCCACAGGUCAUUAAUCUUCCCAAUGCUGAUCCGUGGAGGAAAGCCUACCCCCCUGGUUCCCUUCCUCCUUGCCCUCCUGUUCUGUGUGUACAAUGGUUACAUGCAGGCCAGGUACCUGUCCCAGUAUGCACGGUACCCAGACGGCUGGCUGACUGAUCCCAGGUUUAUUGUAGGGAUCCUCAUGUUUGCUGUUGGAAUGGCCAUAAACAUUCACUCAGACCACAUUCUGCGCAACCUCAGGAAGCCUGGGGAGACGGGCUACAAGAUUCCACAAGGAGGAAUGUUUACAUAUGUUUCUGGUGCCAACUUCUUCGGUGAGACGUUGGAGUGGGCAGGGUUUGCAGUGGCAUGCUGGUCCCUCCAGGCUGUGGCUUUUGCCACGUUCACUGCUCUCAAUGUUGGACCUCGGGCAUUCACUCAUCACAAGUGGUACCUGCAGAAGUUUGACAACUACCCCAAGGACAGAGCAGCUAUCGUCCCCUUCUUGUUGUGAGCUUCUCUGUCUAACAUAGUAAACCACACAACUUCAAAUUCCUGCCAUACAAGCAGAGAAUGGCCAGGCAGCACUCACCACUCAGGAACUACUAAAGCUUAAAAGACUAUCCCAAGUUAGUUGUCAUCUGCACAUGCUGUGUAAAUAUCCGCACGUGGUAUGUCAAGAUAGUUGUGACAGGUUGAAAUAAACAGAUACAUGUAUUUAGGAUGAUUAGCAGGUAUUGAUAAAAAUACAUUUUUACACGUUCCUUCUGUUGUGUUUUUCUGUCCAGUGACAUACCCUGUUGGAUGUACAAUAUGUGCAGUUUUAAAGUAUUGGUACUUUAUAACAAAGACUUUGCAAUCUUAGUCUCAGUAAUGAAAGUCUCAAUUUUUAAUAAAUUGGAUAAGAUAUGAAACAUUUUUUACUCAGGAGAAGUUUUUGAUUUAGAUUUUGUUCUCAUGACAGACUCUGUAUCAAUUGUAUUAGGUUUGCUAUUGUGUGCUCAGGAACAAAGAUGUUACGAUAAUUGACUAUAGAAGUUUGAUUUGAGAACAUCAUGUGCCAAAUGUACAUGAAGAACUGGGACUGCUACAACAGGGUUUUUAAAGACAAUGAUGUAUGUGUUGUUUGUAUAACUCAUCUAUAUUGUAAACUAAACUUAAGCAUGUUUUUGCAACAUGUGUUCUUUUUAUAAAUUAAAACAUACAAUAGCUAUUG